AAGAGAUAGAAAUACAGAAGCUGAGACUUGAACUGUCCUCAAAAUAAUCGUUCCUCUGGUGUUAAACAUUUUGACUCGGGAAUAACCUAUUAACUUAUUUACUGCCCAUAUUGAAUGAAGCCAAUUUUCUGCCGAAAAUUUUGAGCUUAUGAUUUCAAAAUAAAGCGAAUUUCUCUCUUUCUCUCCCUCAGGUAGAAGCUAGAAGCCCAGACACGCGUGUUUCGCCGAUCUUAUGUCGCUGCCUGACGCAGCUGCGAGAGGUUCGGCUCAUCAGUUGGUCCCCAGCCUUUCUCGUGUGUUUUUUGAUAUAUGAACGGCAGUUUUCCUCUGCCUUUUUUAAUUUCCCAGGAAAUUAAUGCACGAACUUGAUGAGCCGAACUCCUCGCAGCUGUAUCAGACAGCCGCACAAUAUCGGCGAAACAUGCGUAUUUGGGCUUUUAGCUUUGACCUGUGUCGUCAGUAUGGUAAAUACUUACGCAAAUCUUGACACCACGCAUUUUUGAAAAAUAAAUAGAUGUUGCAUUAAAGAAAGAAAAGUAGAAAUGAAGUCCCUGAUUAGUUAAAAGAUGGUAUAUUCACAAUGGACAUAUCGGUGACGUUCAUUGGUUCAUCCUGAUUGUAGAUCGAACGACUUUCUCGUAAAGAGAGCCUGCAUGUGAGAUUACUCGUAGUGAGAUUAGUAAUCGCCCUGACUCUGGUUAAAGUUUGGCCGGCAGAUUUUGACCAACAAUGCGUAAAGGGGCACUUCAGUUAAUGUAUUUCAUACCUAAAAGCUCGCACGGUGUGCGCCAUCAGGAUUUGUCAAUGGUUGAUAUCCACCAAAUAAUAUCAGUUACGUUUUUUGCAGAGGUAACAAUACAGAAACUAGGAUGAAUGACUCUUCCACUCAUUAGUCCUAAAUUGUGGCUGCGGUAUGCAGACGUUACAUUCAUUGUCGCUAAGAGGACUACUGAAAUAGCACGCAUUUCCUAAUUAAUUGUUGAUGGGUUUUCGUUUCGAAAAGAUUAUUUAAGUGGGUUUGUAAAAUCAAUCAUCAUGCAGCAUAAUUCUAUAAUAAUUCAGUUACCUCAGGCAGUCGGCUUUCAAACAAACUCCUUUCCGGCUGCAUGCAAGAACCACCCUCUGUAAAAAGUGACUGCAUAUGUUGCUUGCAUUUUUCUCACUGAUUUUCGAUGCUCUUGAAAAUUAAAUCAUAUCUCAUGGGCCACAUGCAUAACACUAUUCAUUUUUUUACUCAUUCCUUAGAGAAUUACGUGUUCUUCCAAUUUUACCCUCGAAGGAAGAGUAUAAGUCGGUUUUACAAAAGUUUCUAAUUGUGGAUUUUCAAUACCGUGAAGUGGCCGUUCAUAAAACAUUGUGUCUCUGCAUUUACCAAUGUGGCUUGUAAAGUUAUCAAUGCGACUCAAAUCUGCUGCUACAAUUUUUAAACCACAUAUGGUCUCCUCUUAGUACCGUGGAGAAAUAUGUGGUUUUCCGUAUGCGGAAAAUAUACGGCUUGUGGUUUGAAAACUCUGAAUACAAGUGUAACAGCAGGUCGGGUUCAGAAUGAUUCCGUUAUUGGAGAGGUUUUGAAAAACCGACUUAUACCCUUCUUUCGAUGGUAAAACUGGAAGAUGACGUAAGUUUCUACCGAAUGAGCUGGAGACUGAAUAUUUUUAGGCAUGUUUUCCACGAAAUACAAUUGAAUGUUUAAGGGCAUCGAAAAUCAAUGAGAAUAUGCAUGCUACUUAAGUAAUCGUUUUUUAGAGAGUGCAGUUUUGCAUUCAGCCGAAAAGUGGUUUGUUCGAAAGCCGGCAUCCUGAGGUAAUUGAAUUGUUAUGCAACCAUGCUGCAUCAUGAUCAGUUUAACAACACGUUUUAAGUAAUCUUUUCGCAGCGAAAAUGCAUUUUGGAAUUACUGUUGACAUUUCAUGAGUUAGCCAACCUACCGUAUUAAAUUAAAAUCCCUCUGCAAAGCAAACGUCAAUCUGUGAAGAUCAACUUUUGUUAGAAAUGACCAACAACAUUUUGAAAAGUUUUCGCAACGGGACACCGUUUACAGUGACAGAACUAGCAAAAUUCUAGUCGAAAAGCAUUCUGAAUAAGAAGUCUAUGACUGAUAUUCAUGAACGUUUCUAAAGGCAGAUUUUAUCCAAAUAUUGUUGCAUUUAUCCAAGCACUUAUAUAUGGACAACACAUUUUUGCUCAAUAAUAACCUACUUUCUGCACUCAUGACUGACUGCACGCAAUGAUCACAUUUAUGAAUCUAUAUGGUUCAUUUCACAGGCAUGACUGACAUUGACCACGCCUGGAUUUAACAACUCCGGUAGCUUUCAAUCAAAACCGGUGACCUGCUCAACGUACGAGGACCCAGACACCUCUCGGUUCCUUCACAAGGUACACAGCUAAAAACAAAUUCCACAACGUCGAGAUUUUCCGUGGUGUUAUAUUGCAUGACUCAUCCGAAAGGCCAUCCCUAACCGAGAGUUCGACCAUUAUGCAGAACGAUGUCCACCAUGUGCUCCACAGCAGGAGGAAGUAGGCACAGUGACUUGUGCUUGGAUCUGCAGACCUUAAAUGUACUGAUCUACUCCCAGUUCGCAGUUAGUUUCUAAGAAAAUUAAAAAAGCAACACUUUGUAAAUUGGAGUAUCUACCACAAAGCAGACAGGGAGUGCCUGGGUAUCCACUGAUGAGCCGAAACCUUCACAGCUGUGUCAUAUAGUGGCAGAAUUUCGGCGAAACAGGCGUGUAUGGGCUUCUGGCUAUUACCUGUCCUGUUAGCAUGAAAUCACCUUACUAUGGAGUUUGCUUUAAACAGAGCACAACAACCCUCUUCAUUUUCAACGAUUCCGACACAGUUCUUGAACACUGGCGGGCAACGAUAGAUUCCAUCAUGGGCAUUGUGGUCGGAAUAUUUUACAGUAGUUUAUGGCAGCCCUUCGGCUGCCAGUUACCGUAUCGGUUCAAAGUCAAUUUCCGUUAGGAUCUGUUUUGACAUCUUUGCUGUACGGCGUAGCGAAGAAAGGUGGCAGCAUGUAGAGCGCAAUAUAUAUACAGUAGGUGGGCCAACUCAUGAAAUGUCAACCGAAAUUCCGAAAUGUGUUUUCGUUCCGAACAGAUUAAUUAAGUAGGGUUGUAAAAUUAGCCAGCCCGCAAAAUAAUUCUAUAAUAUUUCAGUUACAUCAGGACGCUGGCUUUCGAAUGAACAUCCAUCCUGUUGCAUCGCAAAACUACACUAUGUGCAAAAUGACUACUUAUAUAGCAUGAAUUUUUCUCACUGAUUUUCGAUGGCCCUAAAAUUCGAAUUAUAUUUCAUGGAAAGUAUGUCCAAAAAUAUUCAUUCUCCUAUUGAUUCGGUAGAUAAUUACGUCUGUUUUCAAUUUUAUACUCGAAGAAAGGAUAUAAUUUUGUUUUCAGAACGUUAUUUAAUUCCCGAAUAAUUUUGAGCCCGCUCAACCGUUAGACUUGGAUUCAGGGUUUCCAAUCUGCAAGCCGUAUAUUUUCCGCGUACGGAAAACCACACAUUUCUCUACGGUAACAAAGGGUGCUCAUAUAGUUUUCAUAAAAUUGAGCAGUGGAUUUGAUCCAUAUUGUGAACUUUACAAGCCACAUUGGUAAAUGCAGAGACAUUAAGUUUUGUGAACAGCCAUUUCACGGUAUUGAACAGUUUCACAAUUAGAAACUUUUUAUGCCAAAUCAUCACCCUUCUUUGAGUUUAAAAUCUAAAGAAAACGUGAUUUUCUACCGAAUGAGCAGAAGAAAAAAUAUAUUUAUGCGUGUUUUCCAUGAAUUAUAAAUGGACAUUUAGGGGCAUCAAAAAUCAAUGAGAAAAAUGCAUGCUACACAAGUAGUCAUAUUUACAGACUGUGGUUUUUGUGUGCAGCCAAACGGAAGUUCGUCUGAAGGCCGGCAUCUUGAGUUAACUGAAAUAUUAUAGAAUUAUGUUGCAGGCUGGCUAAUUUAACACCCUACUUAAUUAAUCUUUUCGAAACGAUAACGCAUUUCGGAAUUUCACUCGACAUUUCAGGAGUUAACACACCAACUGUAUGUAUGUGUGUGUCUACGCCUACCAGUUCCCGGUAUAGUAAGACAAAUACUGUCGUACAAGCUUAUUACUGUGGUUGGCAAUAUAAAACUUUGAAAUUUUGCUAAAAAGCAUUUGUAAAGUGCAACUUUUUUUGUUCCAUGAAGAUAAUGCAUCUUAGUUGGCUUAACCUGAUUUUCCUGUAGUAAAAUUGACAAUUUUCAUUUUCACAGUGGGCCUCUUGGAUAUUUUUUGGUUAUAUGAAUGUGUUUUCAUAACGUACGGCGUGAAAAUAAGGGGUUUUAGCAGGUGACACUUCGUAGAAUAGAAAAUUAGGUGGAUAUCUGGAACUGUCAAAAUUUGUUCAAUCUUGACCUCUUUCCUCUCGAUUAAACUGACCUAACAUGACAUCUUCUCCAGAAAAGGACUUUCUCGAACUCUCGUCAAUUCUACAAACAGAACUAACCGCACCGAAUAUAUGCCGUUUCACCAACUCAAAUAUCGAUCAAGAUAUUUUAUAGUUUAUAUCAUCUGCUGUAUGGCAGAAUCAAAUGAUUUAUGCACACCUGAGCGUUAGGACAAUAACUGUCCUAAAAAAAAUGCCUGAAUGUAAGCCAGGGUUGAUGCCCACACAGAUUUGCACAUUUUAUAUUAUUACAUACUCUACAUGGGGAAAGGAACUUCGCGGGAGGUGCAUAAAAUGCACCCCGUCGAGGGGCCUCAUAAUUUUCAACGCCAGAAGUGGCCGAUAUUGGUCUGCCCGCCUGUUUGUGCGCUCGCCCCGCAAUUAUAUAGUUAUAAAAAACGAUAUAUUCCUCUAUCUAAAUUACUUGCGUUCCAGAAUACGUCUAUGAAAUGCAAUCAAGGUAUUCGUCCGUCACUGGGCGUGUUAAUCAAACCAGCAUUUUUUGCUCGUUUCGCAGUCCAUGCACAUACGGUAGAUGACCUAACCCAUGAAAGUUGUCGAAAUUUACGAAUGACUAUCAAUCGCUGGCAAACGGACACCAAUCCAUGGAUACAGUAUCAAUGUUAAUUAAGUACAUUUUUUAAAGCAUUAAAGACAGAAGAAAUACCAAAAGCAGUAUCGUGUUGUUUCCAAAUUUCGUUUUUUAAGAAAACGCACAUUCUCGGAAACUUCAAAAAUGGCUGCAAUUUAGUAACUUUCGUUUUUUGACGCAAAUAAUGUCUUCCGAUUCAAGAACGGAGUACAUAUGAAAUUACAAAUAUAAUAACGUUUAAAGGUAUUGUUUUAGUAACCUUUGCGUCUAGAUAACCCCUAAGAAUUAAUGUAAUUUCAUAUAUGACCGUUUGUCAACAGCCUACAUUCUGAGAAUAGAUUCCAAGGCAGUUUUCUAGCGAUUUGCGGCAUUCUUAACUCGUUUGAGUUGAAUGAGAUGCAAUUUAACAAGAGAAGCGGGAGAUCGCUUAAUUUCACCAGUGUGGACGUUGCAGGAGCAAAAGUUUUCAUAAGGUCAUAUGCCGUCAGGCCGAUCGGUAAUUAAUAAAUAUAACUAGAAUUGAUAGGCGUUAUCAUAAACAUACCACUUUGUGUUUAUAGAGAGAAAUUUUUUCCGGUAAAUUAAUUUGCACUUUUCGUUUGUUUUGGAUUACGUUGAGUUUAAGACCUACUUUGAAAGAUUGUUGAAUACUUCAGGAUUUUCAAUGUUUUCCUCCGAUCGUCCAUAAAGACAGAUUCUAUGACAUUUAUCUGUUAAAAUCUUUAAGAUAAAAUACCGUUUGAAGGCGUUUACCGACAUAGCGAGUGUUUAGGCAUUCGUUUUCAUGAAGGAUGUCGUUUGGAUCACAUGUGAAGACCGAAACAUCAUUUUCGAAUAUAAUGGUCCUCCACAACGUAAGUGAGCAACGAAUAUUCAUUCGAUCAAUUAGAAAACUUUCUCUUAUAAGAUAUUCUUGUAGAAGUGCUUUAAUGCUGCACUUUGUUGACGGAUCUCUGGGUAUUUUGUAUUUUUGCAGUGAGGCCAAGAAAACAUUUGACACUUUUGGCCGUUCCUCUCACGUUCCUUAACGAUACAUCCGACAAAAAAAUAAAUUUUUAAGUCUGGCAACUUCUGAUUAUUAAGACCCCCGCGGGUAAAUUACUCUGCUUUCAAUGAAAAAGCCACUCAUAUGACCAACAGAAGUCUAGGACAGGGAUUAGCAUGACAUUGCACGGGUAUACCGAAACGUCCAUUUUCGCUAGAAUUUGUAAACACUUCGCCUAAUAUAAUUACGUGAACUAAAUUCAUUUACAAGAAAAGGACAUUUCACUGAAGUGACUGGAUGAGCAAGCAACAUGCACAACGUUUAAGACGUCCAGAAAUUCUCAUUUCAGUUUCUGUUAUCAGUUUUCAUGAGAUAGUUGACCUACUGUAUCUGUGGGUGUUGCAAGUACCAAGAUCUCACUGCACCGUGAAUUGAUAACUUGUGCCCCUCUUAAUUCCUAGUCUAGAACUCAAGCCUAACCUGUAGAAUUGUAGUUAUGUCUAAUAACCAAUCAUGCUAACAGCUAAAUCCCUACAAUCCAGCCGCCACGAAGAUAUGCAAUACGCCCCUGGAAGCCGGAAGGUGUCGGGCCAUCCACAUACGAUAUGGAUACGACAGUAAAAUCGGACAGUGCAGAAAAUUCACAUUUGGCGGUUGCAACCCAAGUGCAAACAAUUUUCUGACGCAAAAGGCAUGUGAAGAAGCAACUGCAGCGUGCUCACACAAAGGUAUGUCAACUGAGAGCCUUACCUUUCCACUUACUUUUAUGCAUUAUUUGUCCAUCCACGACGACGUGCCAUCUUGAUUUUAUGAGAUUGGGAAUUUUUUCCCCAGUCAUUUGGCGUGCACUUGUGUUGGCCUAUAAUUUUAUUACUGUAAUGCGACGUCUCCAUUUUAGCUUCUCCAUCCGUCUCCACUACCAAAAACGGCAAAGCUCCGCAUAUCAAGUCUCCAGCCGGGAAAAAUAAAGCAGUCGCAGAUUUCACCAAGCGUCCUGCAGAUGUUUGA